AUCGGACCCCGACGCUCGAUUGCACACUCGCGUGUAUCACACAGAGUCUCAACCGACCUGCAACCGUAAAUAGUGCUCGUGUAAACACUGGAUCUACUGAAACGCGGUUCCUUCGUGACAGUGGCACGGAGCCUUCCGCCCUCGAGCCGCCGUACCGUGCGUGUGAGCACUCGCGACCACCUCGCAGCCGCCUGCGCUGAGGUACCUACACGGCCUAACUUCGGUUGAAGGCCUUAACGUGACCGCGUCGAGGUGCUAACAUAAAGACCCUACAGAGUCACGUACUACAAGCAGCAACUUCUGUGUUAUUUUUUAUCACUUCCCAGUCACCUUCGACGCAAAUCUUAUCUGUAACAGCCAAGAAGUACUUUUAUUCUCAUGACAUUUUUCUAUAUUUACUGUAAGUAAAUAUAUCACGAGAUAUUUGAAUGGAUCUGUUAUAUAUUUUCAAAUAAUCUAACAAUGAAGACGAGAGAUCGUCGAUUAAAGUACGACUCUCGGGGAGCAAAACAAGAGCUAAAAGGGACUAAGCAAGAAGUGCAAGGAUCAAAACAAUACAAUGGAGUGAGUUCAGAGAGCCGUGGAAAGAAGCCGGAUGUUCGAGGGGACAAACGUUCAGCGAAUACAGAAAACUCAGGUGCUCGGACGCGUGCCAAGCGGUCUGGGGUGGAAGCUGUCAAAUUGCACCUGCAGGCUACUGGGGGCACGGGGCGAUCAUCCCGCUCAGCUACCUCGGUUCGAAAAACAAGCAUCCGAAUGACUGCUAUCAAAGAGUAUCCAUUCGACCUGAGCGACCUACAGAAUCAAGAGGCUAACCCUCCCCCGCCAGUGUCCGAGCGCCCCAAACAGCAGGCAGCCCCGCUGCCGCUACGGCCGUCUCUCGUGACUAACCCACACUAUUCAAACCCGGACAACAAGAGAAAAGUCUCAAUUAUGGCAGACGAAAAUAGCAAAGACAGAGAAAAUGUACCAUCCGAAAGGAAUGGCCGCGUGUCAAGUCAAGCGGAGGGGCCAUCGCGGCGAAAGAGCAACCUCCACAAUGCUAUGGCAGGAGACAUGGAUACAUCUUGGGAUCGCCCAACGCACAUCGAAGGAAAAUACAAGAAAUAUUCAACGACAUCCUCUAUUUAUUCCAAAAAAGCAUUAUCCCAGCAAAGUGAACACAUAGAAAGGUCGUGGUGGUACGCUUGUUGUGCAAAGUGCCAUCAAGAAGACUCCGGCAUUCCCUCGUGGGAACCUCCUCAUUGGCAGAAGAUAUGUCCAUAUCCGCUAUGUCCAUCUUACCGGCAGUUCGCGCAGACCUUAUCAGUAUUCAUCAUUGGUAUAUUGGUGUGGGCGGGUGUAUGGAUCAUCAUGGGCGACACCGUAGCGCCCGGCGGGCAGCUGUUCACGCUGACAGUGCUCACCAUAGCGGCCUACUUCGGCGGCUGGCUGAUGGUCAAGAUAACCACGCUCCCGGCGCUCAUAGGAAUGCUCAUCGUAGGAAUCAUUAUGAAAAAUGUUGGUUUUGUCCACUUUGAUGAAGAUUACCAAAAAGUCUGCUCGUAUAUAAGGAAAAUAGCUUUAACGAUAAUUUUAACACGAGCCGGCCUGGAUUUGGACCCCGUUGCCAUGAAAAAGUUCUUCUUUACUGUAAUUAAACUAGCCUUGGUACCGUGGACCUUCGAGUGUGUUCUGUGUGCAGUGUUGGUGCACUUCUUGCUGGGGCUACCUUGGGAUUGGGCAUUCCUUUUAGGAUCGGUAGUAGCCGCCGUGUCACCCGCCGUCAUUGUGCCUUGCCUAUUCAGACUCAGAAACAAAGGUUACGGAGUAUCUAAGGGCAUCCCGACUUUGGUCCUCGCCGUGUCCGGAGUCGAUGACGCUGCCAGUGUAGCCGUGUUCGGAAUUGUCUCCUCCAUCAUGUUCUCUAGUUCCUCCAUGACUAUGAAUAUUAUCCAAGGUCCCUUGAGUAUAAUUCUUGGAAUCGUGUUCGGUGGAGCUUGCGGCUACCUGGUGAAGGUAGUGCCGGAAAAAAACGACGCCUUUGCCGUGCCUCUUCGAGUGCUGAUGUUGUUAGCGGGCGGGAUAGUCUCGGUGAUUGGUUCGGAAGAAAUCGGAUGGGGUGGCGCAGGACCCCUAGCGGUAAUCGCUUUUGCCUUCUUCGCCGGCAAGAACUGGUCGGAGCAGGGGUGGGAGAUGGAAGACAACCCUGUGGCGACCGCCUUUGAAAUAUUCUGGAUGCUCUUCGAGCCCAUGCUGUUCUCCAUUACUGGCGCUCAAGUUGUCAUCGCAGAACUGAAACUGGACUUGGUGUUCGUCGGUGGAGGCAUUUUAGUUGGAUGCAUGAUUCUUCGCGCCAUACUUACUAGCAUCUGCGCUGUGAGAAGUAACCUCAACAUGAAAGAAAAAAUAUUCGUCGGUCUUUCUUGGAUGGCCAAAGCCACCGUACAGGCUGCGCUCGGACCAGUUGCUAUGGACUCUGUAAAAAAGAUGGCGGAACUGGCGGGUACACCUAUCGAUGCCGAUUUGGUGGCAUACGCGGAAAUCGUCCUGAAUAUCUGCAUUCUGUCGAUCGUGAUCACCGCUCCUCUCGGCGCGAUCGUCAUCACACUCACUGGCCCUCGACUACUCACCAAGACCACGAAACCGCCUGUAUUAGAAGGCUGGCGACGAUCGCACCGUCCGUCGAUCCGUGACAUUUCCAUCAUCGACGAGGAAGAACUGGCGGAGCGCGACGCGGAGGCCGACGCGCCGGAGUCGCCGGAGCCGCCGGCGCCCGCGCCCGCCUCGCCCGCCGCCCCCGCGCCCGCGGCCGCCAGCACGCCCGCGCCCGCGCCCAUCACCGUCCAGCCCAACAACCGCACAUGACCGAUCGACUCGCUCUCUAAAUAGCUACUUGACUUUGCUACUUUUUCGAACGAUCGAUAUCGGAGGUCACAUUUAGUGAUGAAAUGUAUAUUUGUAU